AUGAUAUUUGCGCUAUCGGAAGUCAAUGUUUACUUAAGAGAGAAGGGAAUAACACUUGGUUUGAAAGCAUAUGAUACUUGCUACAGCAUUAACCCGUCCUUGGAAUACUCCUUAGAAUUUGCUCAGCAAAGUUUCUACACGAAGCAAGAGGAGACUGGAUACAAUAAUUGCACGGCACUGCCGUCAAGACGGGUGAUAGGGGUAAUUGGUCCAGCGACUAGUAGAGAGACACAAUAUGUGGCUACUCUGCUUACUCUGUUCAAAAUGCCACAGAUUAGUGGCACGGCUACUUCUUCAGCUCUUAAUGAUGGACAAAAGUACAAAUAUUUCAAGCGAACGGUGCCCUCGGACACAUACCAGGCCAAAGGAAUUGUUCAGCUUCUCAGAGCAAAUGGAUGGGUGUAUGUUAGCAUUUUGUACGAAGAUUCUAGCUAUGGUAGAUAUGGUUACAAUGACAUCAAAAAGUUUGCACGACUUGACAACAUAUGUAUUGGAUAUGAGAAGCAAACCUCAGAGGAUAUGACAGAUUUAGAGAUCACGGAAGUUUUAACAGAUCUUAAAUCAAGAAGGAACGAAAAAGGAAAAAUAGCGGUAGUUCUGUUUAUGCUGUAUCGGAAUGCAUACAGAAUUAUUCAACGAAUUCAUGACAUGCGCAUUGAAGGCUUUAUAUGGACUGUAAGUGACGGAUUAACCGGGCUUGAUCCCCCUGUUGGACUAGAAAAUAUCAUGGAUGGAGCAAUCGGAUUAGCCUUAGAGACUUUAAAAUAUCCAGGAUAUAUCCAAUACGUAAAUAACCAAAGUAGAGAAACAAAUGCAAAUCCAUGGUAUUCAGAAUUCCUCCAGGAAUAUUACCCCAACUGCACAACGGGAAACUGUGGGCGGAUUAAUAACACAGGUGUCCCGUAUAUAAUCAGCAUCCGAGAUGCUGUUUACGCAUUUGGCAAUGCCAUUCUAAGCAUUCAUUCAGAGAUGUGCAAGAAUGAUACUGGUGUAUGUGAGAAAAUCAAAGAAAAGUUAACAGGAGAUUUAUUGUUAGAAUACCUCGAGAAAAGCAAAAAUCCUUUCAACACUUCAUUCCAUUUCGUUGAUGGUGUUGAAGGACCCCCUAGAUACAGCAUCCUACAGUACAAAGGAAAAGGCAACAACUUCAAAUGGACUGAAAUAGGAAAAUUUGUAGAAGAUAAAUUGUUGCUAAACAUUACUGAGACACAGGCGUCGUGUUCUGUGGAAUGCCUACCUGGCUACAUUAAAAGAAUAACAGAAAUCUGUUGUUGGGACUGUACUCCUUGUCCUUCUGGAACCAUCACUAAUUCAUCAGACCCGUACAGCUGUACAGACUGUUCACACGGCUAUACACCAAAUGCAGAAAGAAAUGAAUGCAUACAAAUUCCAAUUUCUUAUUUUUCAUAUGAAAAUCCAUUCUCUAUUGCUAUUCUCGUAUUGAGUGUUUUGGGUUUUGUUUUAUGCAUUGUUGUUUCCGUUGUAUUCGUGAGAAAAAGGAAUACACCUUUACUAAAAGCCACUGGUUUUGAAACCAGCAUGGUCAUGCUUUCUAGUAUUCUUAUGUCAUAUAUAUCACCAUUUAUUUUACUAAGCUAUCCUUCAUCUUUCUCUUGCGCAAUAUCUCGAUUAUUUAUCGGUAUGAGUUAUACUCUGGCCUAUUCUUCCGUCCUUUCUAAGCUAAUUGUUUAUAAGAGAGCGUUUGAUGUGAGAUCUGGAAUCAAGCUACAAGCAGCGAAGGGACAGCACUUACCAAGACCGUACAUGUGUACAAUGAUGACUGCUUUGCUACUUUCUCUUGCAUUAUCAGUUGUUCAGCUUCUUGCAAUCAUUUUCUGGCUAAUAAUAGAUACUCCAGAACAUAAGAUAACGUAUGAUCUUACAUCAAGUCCUCCAUUAGGACACCGUACGUGUAAAGACUCUAACAAUUUCAAUUAUUUCCUUCUUCUUUUCUGGCCUUUUAUGCUGAUGAUUGCAUGCCUUAUCCUCGCCAUCAAAACAAGAAAACUCCCUGAAGGCAUGAACGAUUCACGUGAAAUCAUGUACUGCUCUUUCACUUCCUUUAUCAUCUGGUUAGCGUUUGUACCUCUGUAUGCUUUCUCCACAACUAUUGCUGCACGAGUCAUCUCUCUUUGUGUUUCAUUGUUCAUUCAUGCGACAGUUUUUCUCAGUUGUCUUUUUUUGACAAAGAUUUACAUUGUGGUCUUUAGACCAGAGAAAAACAACAAAGACCGUGUAAUGAGAAGUACAGCUGCCAGUCCUAGCAAGACCAAUAACACAAUUAGUGCUAAUCAUCAUAGCAAUGGUUUACAGACGAAAAGAACAGAACAGGAUUCACAUUCUUACAAUUACACUGUAGAAGAAGUAUCACGUAAUGAUGAGUUAGAAAAUGGAUAUGACGUCAUUCUGUCAACAAACAAAAUGCGUUCAUCAAAUUUAAAAAACGAGAUAUUUGAUGAAGUAAAUAGGAUCGAUUAUGUUUUUAAGAUUAACGAAAACCCACUUUACAACACUGAUGCACAGAGUUCUGUAUUCUUGAAGUAAUGUCACAAUAUCUCAAUUCCAACUAUCUUCACCAACUAAUUUCAUCCAUCUUUGAUUACAUAAUGAGUUGGAAGGUGAUUCCACCCUGUUAUUAGAAAUGUACAUGGACCGGAAAGCGAAUGAUUUGGGACUUUAAAUAAAAUGCAGGAUUUAAUUGUGAUAAGAGUAAUAUCUUGUGAUCACUCUGAUGUAUAGAACAAUGCAUAUUGAACCUGCUGUACAUUUUCAGAUAAAAAAAAUAUUUUAUAUUGUUAUUGCAUAGGUUUAAUUUCAUGUUGAAAUUCAAUAAGAAA